AUGCCAAUUACUCUAGUGAUAUUAGAGUCCGACGAGUCAACGGAGCUCACAGAGGUUGUAAUUGAACAAGCACAAGUUGACAAAGGCAAGGAGAAGGAAAUUGAACAACUCCCAGAACAGGUGGUGGAGAAGGCUCCUAAUAAAGAAAAGACACCAAGCAGUGAGAAGAAGCUAAUUCCUGCACCAUUCCCUCAGAGGUUGGCCAAGCAAAAGAAAGAUAAUGAAUAUAGGAAAUUCAUGGAAAUGCUCAAACAGAUUCAAUUGAAUAUUCCACUGAUGGAUGCUUUGAGGGAAGUUCCAAGCUAUGCAAAAAUGAUGAAGGAUUUGAUGUCUCGAAAAUUUGACUUUCAGGACCUGUCUACUGUAACUCUAACUCAGACCUGCAGCGCGGUAGUGACAAGACCUAUGGCUCAAAAAUUGUCUAAUCCCGGUAGUUUCACUAUCCCAUGCACAAUUGGCAGUUAUGUUUUUGCUAAUGCUUUGUGUGACUUGGGAGCUAGUAUCGACUUGAUGCCUUUGGCAAUCUACACAAAACUAGGCAUUGGCAGAGCUAGACUGACCUCAAUGUUGCUGCAACUAGCUGAUCGCACAGUCAAAAGACCGACUGGAAUUCUGGAUGAUGUACUUGUCCAAGUGAGGAAGUUUGUAUUUCCUGCUGACUUCGUUAUUCUUGAAUGUCAAGUGGAUGAAGAAAUACCAAUAAUUUUGGGGAGGUCGUUCUUAGCCACUGGGAGAGCACUGAUCGAUUGUGAGACUGAUGAACAACAAUGGUGGAGCUCAAGUUUGAGCUCCAAUGGUGAAGCCCUAGAAGUUUCUCGAAGGAAAGAGAGAAUGAGAGAAAGUGGGAGCAGAAAAUAA